CUGUGCAGAUAUUCGCACGACCCCAGUCUUCGGGUGGCGUGAUCGGUGAUGCCGACCGAUCUAGGCUCGUAAAUCAGCCUUCGUGGAAGUCUGAAGACAGUCGUUCCUAUACCCAUCGUCGACUUUUGUGGGAUACGGCCUGUGCCUCCUUCUAUGCCGAUCAAGCUCAUCAUUAGCGAAGGCGCUGUGCUCGAAUUGGUGAAGCAGCGCGAGUGUAGAGGGCAGAGUCACUACCUUCAAGUGCUGCCGGUCUUCUGCGAUCUUCGUCAGACCGCACGAAGUGUAUGCCAUCCCAUGAGCUUGAAAGAAAAGCUCGGAUGGCACAAUCGACACAUACAGGUCCUCCGCACCUGUACCGAAAGACUGUCGUCGCUAGACACCAUCUCCUUCGUUCAUUGGAUCAGACAGUAGCUUCUACCUUGGCGAGAUGGGUUGCAGAAGACGCUGAUCGACUCUACCUCCUAUCAACUCCUGGUCCUCCUUGCGCCGCCGAGAUUUUCCUGUGCCCCUCCCUGAUUUCUUUGCAUUCUCGAAACGCUCCACGAACAUUUGUCCUGAAUAUCGCUGACAAGAUUUUUGCAGUGGCCGAUCCUGACAAGGUGGCAGGCGCUAACAGUGAUAGCAUGGGCGCCAUUCUACGCACAUGCUCCUUACGAUCGCGAAACCUCUACGCCUUAUCCUACGUAACCUUUACGUCCGCUAGGCUCCAAGAUACACGCACAGCGCGAUAUGUAUUUCACUCGCGCCUCCUGUCGCGUAUCUUCCGUGGGACUGAUCAGCGAUCACCACUCCACUUACUUGUCUUGGUCAAGCUCCAGCGACCAGAGAUUAGGGUGCUACCGCAGUUAACGCUUGUUCUCCGACGAGGCAAUGUGUGAAUGCGAGGCAAAACAGGCAGAGCCUUCAGGUCCAGAAGGCUGUCUCCGUGCGCCGGCGCACCACGAUAGUCAAGGUCCCUUGAUAGGGAUGACGCGGCUAAGAUGCGGAGCAUGUGCAUUGACUCGUAACGUCUGCGGUGAUAGAACGUACGUAACGGCCACGAGUCUGAGAGCUUACUCGACGGAUCAAGCUGGAAAAAGAUGUUCUCUUCGC